AUGGAGACUAUGAAGUCCUCCAUCAGGAAGCUACAGGCUCAGCUGCGGGCAAUGGAAUCGAAAGGCUCCUUCUCUAAGGAUUAUUCACGAAGAAAGGACGUCUCUCUUCCAGUGAAGAGCUCUAAGAGGCUUCCCUCUUCUAGCAAGCGCUCCUCUCCGUCUAAGAGGGAACUCUCGGAUUCGUCCAGGCGCUCUUCUCCAGACCGGAGAGCCCCUUCUAGCAGGCCCAAUUCGCCUGGUAGGCGCUCACCUUCGCCCGAUAGGCACUCUUCUCCUCCUGCCAGACGCUCUCCCCAGAGCAGGCACCAUGAGCCUAACAGGAGCACCUCUGCGCACAGGCGCAAAGAUUCCAACCCCUCUCCUGUCAGGCGCCAGUAUCCCAGCAGUAGCCGCUCUCCUAGGAGGCGCCAAGCACUAGGUCCUCUCAAGGAUCAGGAUUCACCCAUGACCUACUCUUCAGUUGAGCGCCAGGAACCUAGCAGACGCCAGGAUCCCUUCAGGUGCCAGGAGCCUAGCAAGUGCCAGGAUUACCUUAGGCGCCAGGAGCCUAGCAGGCGCCAGGAUCCCAUCAAGCGCCAGGAUCCCGUCAAGCGCCAGGAUCCCAUCAGGCGCCAGGAGCCUCCCAGGCACCAGGAACCCAGCAGGACCCCCUCUCCCGUGAGGAGUUCUCCAGCGGAUAAAAGCCCCUCUCCUCUCUAA